UAUAAUACCGGUAUAUGUUAACAUGUUAAAUCAUGGAGCCUUAUUAUCAUAAUUUAUGUCAAAGGAAUACAUUAGCAAUGGAACAAUAGUGUUGAUACGAAAAAGGAUUAUUUGUAUUAUAUAUUUGCUAUACUGAUAUGGAUGUGAUGAAACUUUUGAUUAUUCUUUGUUUAUUGUGUGUAGCUGUUCAAUCUAUCAAAGUAAAAUUGUUAGAGAGUUGUUCCAGUAAUGAGGACUGCCCAUCUCAAUCUAGUUGUAAAGAACGUGGAUGUGAUGGCAGAGUGUGUAUAUGUCAAAACACUUAUAUGCCUUCUGAGAGUGAUACUCCCAGAUGUGUCAAAAUCACUGAGAUUGGAGACAGAUGUGAUAGAAGUUCCCGAUGUCGAGGGCUGUAUAGUCGUUGUAACGACACUGGACACUGUGUUUGUAACCAAGGUUACUCAGAGGUCGUUUCCAGAAUAAACAUUACAUACUGUAAACAGAAACCAAUUUUCCAGACAAAGCCACUGUUACUAGGCCAGCGUUGUGGUAAUGGCAACAGCUUCUGCGCGGACGGUUUUCAGACUACAGAAUGCAGACGAGGGGUUUGUGAAUGCAUAGAUGGAUAUCGUCCUGCAAAUCUACCAGAAAUCAACUCUUAUCCAUUCCAUCUAUUACAAUGUGUACCUGCAGAAUUCAGCAUCGACAAACCAGUUUCAAGUAAUCUAUGUUUCCAGAAAGGAAUUCCAGCAUCGACAUUCUCACCGCAUACCACUACCUCAACACCGACAUCACAGAAUACAAGUACUCAGACGACAAGUACACAACACUACGUCACAACAACCUCAGGGACAGUGUCAUCUUACAUCACAGGGAGCAUCUCAACUAUUUUACCAAUUACCAAAGAGACUGUUGGAAGAACGUCAUCUCCUGCAAAGUAUCAUGCAGAAUCGUCAUCGUCAAUACAACAAUCGCCAGGCUCAUUAAAACACUCGUCGUCUAUACAACCUACAUCAAGCUUGUUGAAACAAUCUAUUCAUACAAACUCUGAUCAUUUCAGUAGUACACCAGUAAUAAAUUCGUUUACGAAAAGUAUGAGUAGCAAGGAACUCAUAACUUCAUCUUAUUCCAAGUCAAGUGAGGUGGAAAUAUUCACCAGUAAAUCUUUACAGAUUUCACAAACAGUGGAUAUUGAGAAAACAUCGUCAGGUCACCAUACUUACAAAUUAACCGAAACACCUUUAAUGUCAAACCCUAUAACGACAAUACAUCCGUCGAUUCAAGUUUCGAUUCUUAACACAGGAAUUUCCCUUAAUUUGUUAUCAUCGUCGAUGAUUUCAAAACCGAGUCGUCAUACAAUAUAUCUAGACCUAAUAACGACUUCUUACAACUUAGUACCGCUUCAUUCACUCUCAGCUUCGUCUUCCGUAUUGGAUAUAAACUCCAACACACCAUCAUUAAAGUCUGUCGGAGCUACAAGAUUCCAAACUACAGCUUCUCAGUCAACGACUGAUGGACCAUAUAUUUUCCCUGAAUCAACAUUUUCUGUUACGAUGACAUCUUCUAUGCAGACCGUGACAAGUGCUCGAGAAACAACAAUUCAAAAUUUACCUACAGGGAAAACUACUGAGACAACAACACCAAAUUUCCCUACAACAGAAAACAAUGAGACAACAACAAACAAUUUACCUACAGUUGAUAACACUGAUACAAAAACAACACUUUCUUUAACAAAAGUAUCUGAUGGUAAACAGUGCAACAGUGUUACUCACAUAUGUAUUAAAGGUGGUAUCUGCGAGGAAGAUCUAUGUGGCGAAAGUAGAUGUCGAUGUGAGAGGGGUUUUGUACCUAAUUUGAACAAAUCCCGAUAUCUGAAAUUGGGACAGUUAGGUAAUGGUUGUGAAGAAGAUGUAUCUUGCAUGGGUCCAUUUACUGUAUGUAGAGCUGGUACAUGUCGAUGUAAGGACGAUUAUGUUACCAGUAGUAAUGCUUUGUGGUGCACUCAUAAAACUUCAUGGUUUGUCAAAUUUCCUUUACUUGGAAAUAGUUGUUCAUCUUUCUUUGCCGAAUGCUUCCAUUCCCUGGAACAGGAAUGUGUAAAAGGCAAGUGCCAGUGUAAGAAAGGCUUACGAAGUGCAACCGACGAAGAUAAUCAAGUACCUUCAGACACAUAUCAUCAAUGCCGAAAUGACUCUUUACAAUUUGGUCAUCGAGAGCCAAGAGCUUGUAGAGGUGGUGCUGAAGACGAUAUUUCAGAUCCAAUUUACCGUACAGCGAUCAAAAGGAUCCGGAAAAUGCAGGGUAUAAUAUUUGGUUGUAUAGCUGGUAUAGUAGUGGCUAUUUGUUCUAUAAUCGGUGGCAUUUGUUACUGCAGAUAUCAGAGAAAAGUAAUGGUACGAGACAUGACAAGUGACAAAAAUUCUGUCGUUUCAUUUGAUAGACAAUCAAGUGGGAAAUAUUCCUUUAGAAUACCACGCCCAUUUAUGCCUUAUAUCAAAGACUGGGACACGGACCAGUUAACAUAUGCGAAUUCUGCAUUCACAUCAGACGACAACGAAGUUCUGAAAGGUGACCGAACUUUGAGAAGCAGUCGAAGUAUAACGUUACCUGACGAAUCAGAUACUGAAGGUUAUAAUCGUCCAAAUGAUAGACAAAGGACGUUGUCUACCUCAUCUACUGUGGAAGGCGACAUAACUUCAGUUGAAGGAGAAACUGAUAAACAAAGUAUAGGUGGUUCACAAUCUUCACUUGCAAAAUCUUAUCAGGCAAAUCAUAUCAUCUUAGAACCUGAAAAUGUCGAAGUGUAACUCUUUCUGUUGGUAAAAACAUGGUUGUCAUAUCUAAAGGAGAGGGAAUUCUCGUACAAAGGUUCCAGGUUCUUAUUUGAACAGUUGUUAGAACAUGAUGGAUAUGAAUGGAACAGAAAACUGCAACGUUUUAAAAGUGCACACAUCCUUUAGUAGUAUUAGGAGUUUUCGUGUGGCUUAUUGUCGCUUUAGUCGCGAUAGUCACACUGGCAUGACAUUUUUUCUUUCCUUUAACAUUGAAAUAGCAAAAUUGCUAAAUUACGAUAAAUGUUAGCUCCAAAUUAUGAUAAGAAUGGCGUUCUAAUUAUAAAUUUCGCGAAAUCAACCCAAUGAUUAGUAUUUUUAGGGUACUGGACGGUUCUUUCCCUAGUCGAUUAAAUGCUUUUCUAAUCGGACUUUCAAAACGUAUAUAUUUAGGUAUUGCACCAUUUUGAUAUGGGAAUAACAAAAUUGCUAAAUAAGAAUUAACUUGUCUUAUCGGGGCCUUUUAUAGCUGACUAUGCGGUAUGGGCUUUGCUCAUUGUUGAAGGCCGUACAGUGACCUAUAGUUGUUCAUGUCUGUGUCAUUUUGGUCUUAUGUGGAUAGUUGUCUCAUUGGCAAUCAUACCACAUCUCCUUUUUUAUAUUAACUUAGAAUUUGGGUAAGAAUGGCACCCUAACCAUGGUUUCGCACAAACAGCCCAAGGAAUACUUUUAUGGGAACUGCACUAGUCACUUAAAUGCUUUUCACAGCGGACAUUCAAAACGUGUAUCUUUAGGUGUUACACCAUUUUUAUAUUGGGAUACGUCUAUUCUCCACAACCAGCUAUCUACUAAUGUUCGUAUUUAUAGAGAAUCAUUGUUUUCAUUAUUGUUUGAUCUUGUAUAUGUUUGAAUUCAUAGUGAAGCAACUUAACAUUUUGUAUUAGUCUGUUUAUGGAAAUAGUGGUAGUCCUUUAAGAUAAAGACUACAUAACAUAUUCUAAUUAUGUAAA